GUUUUUUUGUCAGGAAGGGGGCGUCAGCUGUCGCAUCCAUGUUACAUAAAGGGUGAUAAAGUCGUUCUGAGCCAUGCUGCUGCUGCUGUGAGCUGCUGCUGGAGCUCUAAGCACCUGGAUAGGAGUAGACAACAUCUAUUUAUCAACAGAACGGGUAGGCUAUACAGAAAGAUGGCGGCUUCCCUGCUGAGGAUAGGACGACUGGGCUGUGUCAAGUGUUUGCAGGCUGAGAGCUGGAUUACUCUGAGCAGAGCACCCGCAGCUGCAGCCUAUAGCACAAAAUCUGGAGGGUCCAAGAAGUCGUCGAAAAAGAACAGCUUGGACAAGAGCCAGGGUAAAACAUACUUCGAUAUAGAGAAACUUGUCCAGCACAAGACAUAUGAAAUUCCCAAGAAAGAUGUUUCUUCAGCAGCUGCUGCUGCAGCAGCACAAGCUGCAGCUAAACCCGUUGCAGAGCCUUUGCCCUCUGCUGCUGCACCUGAGGCAGUGGUAAGCACCCCCGCUGCAGAAGCUGCGCCAGUGGUUGAGGCUGUUGCAGAAGCCGCACCAGUGGCUGAAGCUGUCGCAGAAGCCGCACCAGUGGCUGAGGCCGUUGCAGAAGCCGUACCAGUGGUUGAAGCCGUUGCAGAAGCCGCACCAGUGGUUGAAGCCGUUGCAGAAGCCGCACCAGUUGUUGAGGCCGCCGCAGAAGCCGCACCAGUUGUUGAGGCCGCCGCAGAAGCCGCACCAGUUGUUGAGGCUGUCGCAGAAGCCGCACCAGUUGUUGAGGCCGCCGCAGAAGCCCCACCAGUUGUUGAGGCCGUCGCAGAAGCCGCACCAGUGGUGGAGGCCGUCGCAGAAGCCGCACCAGUGGUCGAAGCCGUCGCAGAAGCCGCACCAGUGGUCGAAGCCGUCGCAGAAGCCGCACCAGUGGUCGAAGCUGUUGCAGAGGCUGUUGCAGAAGCCGCACCAGUGGUCGAAGCCGUCGCAGAGGCUGUUGCAGAAGCCGCACCAGUGGUUGAAGCCGUCGUAGAGGCUGUUGCAGAAGCUGCACCCGUUAUCGCUGAAGCUGUCGUUGAAGCGGCACCAGGUGUCGAGGCCGUUGUAGAGGCUGUUGCAGAAGCCGCACCAGUGGUUGAAGCCGUCGUAGAGGCUGUUGCAGAAGCUGCACCUGUUAUCGCUGAAGCUGUUGCCGAAGCUGCACCAGUAGUUGAAGCUGUAGCUGAACCUCCCGCCCCAGUUGCUGAAGCCCCUGUAGAAGCUGCUGCUGAGCCUGUGGCUGAAGCUGCCCCAGUAGAGGCUGAAGCUGCCCCAGUAGAGGCUGCAGCUGCCCCUGUAGAGGCUGCAGCUGAAGUUUCCGCCCCUGUGGAGAGCACCGAGGAGCCCGCUCCAGUCGUAGCUGAAGCUGCGGGAGAUGUGCUGCAGGCGGACGCCCCAGCUGAACCAGUUGAACCGCUUGAGGCUCAAAUGGACCCGAUUCAGAAGCUCUUCCUGGACUCCAUACGCGAGUACUCCACAAAGAGCCAGGCUACUGGGGGGCUAGUUGAUGCUGGUUCAGAGUACGAGAAGGCCUUAGCAGAAGAGAUAGCGAAGCUUCAGAGACUCUACGGCGGUGGAGACCUCACAUCUUUCCCAGAGUUCAAAUUCACAGAGCCCAAGUUGGAUGAAGUUUCCCAGAAGUGAACCUCAGCACUUUGCAACUGAACUUUUCUACUGUCGCCUUUUUUUUCCUCUGUACAUGUGUACAUCCAUAGUGGAGCAUUAACAGUCUGCUUACUGUCAGAGUCGCAACAAACCCCCUUACCUCUAGCUUUAUAUGUCAGAAUAGAGCUGUGUCCGUAGCUAGAUAUGUGAUGGGAAGGGAAGCUAAAGCAUUAUAGAUGUAGGUUUAUGGCAGACAGAAUGAACUUAGAGCUGUGAAAUACGCUUUGUAUAAAUCGAUCCGAGCUGAAUGUGGAAGAAAAACAAUAAAUUCCAGUUCGUAUUUGUCA